GUGAGUACAGCAGAAGGAAAUUGUGGAGUUGCGCUGCUGCCGCUGUCAAUCUUCCGACCAUGAAACUAGUUUACUUCCUGGUGUUAUAUUGUUCAUGCAUUUCGGUAAAUGCACACCCUCCAUGGGUCUGUAAUGAGACAGAACUUGCUGCUAGUGGAGGUCCCACAGAAGAUCAUAUCACUUAUCCUACUAUUAUUUUUGGAGUUUCUACAAAAGCUAAUGUCAGUGAUCCAAUCAUCAAGAAUAUAUCAGCUUUUGCACUGCCUACAAUUGAUAGCAGAUUAGAUGGAACUUUCAAGAUAGCUCGAAUUGUCAGUGCAGAAUUUCGGAGUGCUGCAGGUACUCUUUAUUACCUCCAGCUAGAAGUUUGUACCACCAACUCCAACAGGGGAGAAGAUGAUGCCAGUUCUGAGUGCAUUCAAACAGGAGAAGCGAACAAGCAUCUGUGUGACGUAUUGGUGUGGGAUAGACCAUGGCAGCCUGAACGUGAAGUUACAGCACUAGAUUGCACUGCAAUAAAUGCAAGGCGGAAAAGAGAGCUUGCUGUUAAUGCAGGUCACACAGAAAGUAAUACUACUACUCAUAUUCUUGGAGGUCUUACAAAAGCUAAUGUCAGUGAUCCAAUCAUCAAGAAUAUAUCAGCUUUUGCACUGCCUACAAUUGAUAACAGAUUAGAUGGAACUUUCAAGAUAGCUCGAAUUGUCAGUGCAGAAACUCAGGUUGUUGAAGGUACUCUUUAUUACCUCCGGCUAGAAGUUUGUACCACCAACUCCAACAGGGGAGAAGAUGAUGCCAGUUCCGAGUGCAUUCAAACAGGAGAAGCGAACAAGUACCUGUGUGAUGUACAGGUGUGGGAUAGACCAUGGCUGCCUGAACGUGAAGUUUCAGAACUAAAUUGCACUGCAAUAAAUGCAAGGCGGAAAAGAGAGCUUGCUGUUAAUGCAGGUCACACAGAAGGUAAUACCACUUAUCCUACUGUCAUUACUGGAGGUCGUACAAAAGCUAAUGUCAGUGAUCCAAUCAUCAAGAAUAUAUCAGCUUUUGCACUGCCUGUAAUUGAUAACAGAUUAGAUGGAACUUUCAAAAUAGCUCGAAUAAUCAGUGCAGAAACUCAGGUUGUUGAAGGUGUAAUUUAUUACAUCCGGCUAGAAGUUUGUAGCACCAACUCCAACAGUGGAGAAGAUGAUGCCAGUUCUGAUUGCAUUAUAACAGGAGAAUCGAACCAGCAAGUGUGUGAUGUACAGGUGUGGGACAGACCAUGGCUGCCUAAACGUGAAGUUACACAAUUAAAUUGCAUUCCAAUAAAUUCAAGUCGGAAAAAGAGAGGAAUUCUGCUGAAGUCACAUCAAUUUCCUUCAUAGCUACUGAUCUUAAAGAACAUUGAUUUUGAUAACUUCCAGAAUAGACAUCAUAUAUUCAUACUUCACAUGAAAACAGACAAACUGUUUAAAUCAGGGCCCAUUGCUAAAGUUGAUGAAACAUAGGUAUAGAGAAAUGUCAUGAUGUGGCUAAUCUAAGCUUAAAUCUAAAGCAUGAAAAGAUCCAUAUACUGUGAAGAAGGAUGGAUAAAUUAAUAAAAAAAUUAAAAGCACUUUGUAACUUGUUUUUUUAUAUAUUAUAAAAAAUUCAAGUAGAUUAAUGUAAAAGAUAGAAAAGAAACAAUAAAGGAAGUUUUAAAUUACAAUGUA